AAGGCAGCGUCUUUGCUCAGCUGAAAAUUUGGGCCGAUAUUUGCUGCAUUCAAGCUCGAAGACAAUGUCUGCGUUAUUUUCUGCCAUCUUUUUGCUUGGCCUGUGCCUGGCAAACGCCGUCAACUUCACAAACGUCUACGAGUGGGAUAAAUUAUUCGAUUUCGUCUGGCCAUUAGGAGUGGAACCUUCAAUCGGACAGAUUAAAGAUGAAUUUCUGCCAGGCAAUGUUAAACUAAAAUUCAUGGCUGUUUUUGGACAAAGGCUGUUCCUAAGCCUUUAUUUCAAUCGCGCAUUUCCCGCCACUUUGGCGUGGCUGCCAACGAGCGGCACGCCGACUGCACAUCCGAAGCUUAUUAUUUUUCCAUUCUGGCAUUUGCAUAAACGAGACGACUGUUAUUACAUUCAGUCGGCCCAAGGAAUGGAAACUGACACUGAUGGACGGUUGUGGGUGCUCGAUCUUGGUAGCAGCAAAUGUUCGAGCAAAAUUUGGAUAUUCAACCUUCUCAAGCACGACACAACCGAGCACGUUCACCACUUCCCGGACGUGGUCGUCUCUCAUUCACAUUGGAAAACAUUGCCUCUUGAUAUAGUGCUGGACAAAACACCAGACGAUUACCUUGCGUACAUCACGGACUUAAGAUCUGAGCACAUCAUCGUCUACAGCCGUAAAACGGACAAAUCCUGGACAGUUAAAACACCAGGCAGAAAAUGGCAUUCCUUGGCCCUCUCUGCUGACAGGGAAGCGAGACAGUUGUACCUGGGAAGAUUUAAUUCCAAAGAAAUGUACUCGGUGUCGGUGUCUGAGCUGAAGAGUGAAGGCGGAAGCGCUGCUGUCAAAUUAAUCGGCGAAUGGACUGGAAAAUCUAGCAGAAUGUUAAUCGACAGUUUCAAUGUCUUGUAUGCGGCCUUUACCGAAAAAAGUUACCUCUCUAAAUGGAAUAUUUCGGAGCCCUUUCUUGAGCAGCGGACCCAUGAGGUCGGAACACUGGAUGCAAUAGUAGUGCCAUUUACUUUUGCCUUGGACACGAACGGCACUUUCUGGAUGACGGAGACAAAUGAAACGGGUUGAUAAUAAGCCUAGGAAUAAACUACUCAAGGCUGCAGUCGGUGCAAAAUCGUAUCUAUUCGGCA